UAAAACUUUUGUACAGGAAUAGGGCCAAGAGUUGCAAAGAAUGCAAAAUACGAAAAAGAGAGGACCUUUUCCCCGUUUAAAAGAACCUUUUCAGUAUAAUAAGCGAGGAAGUGUUGCUGAAAGACACGUCUUAAGCAUUGUAAAUCACAUUUUUUCGGUUUAGAAAUCUGCCUAUUUUGUCUAAAAAAUCUGGUCCAAAGAAAAUCAGGAGUUUGGUCUAAAUCUUAUCAAAGAAAAAGUUUAUUUGUGGGAAGUCAAAAAUUUUUCUUUGACACAAGGGCAUACUUUAUUUGUAGCUCCCCAUAAAUCUGAAGUUUUUCUGUUGGUAUAUAAGAAAGAUGAAAGCAAGUCUUUCUUCUUUCCCUUUUUCUUACUAAUAAUAUACCCCCUGUAAAUAGCCUAUUUAUUAUACUAACAAAUACAUAUUCAAAAUGUCCUCAAUAUCUAACAACAAAGAUCUCAUCAAUUUAGAAUCCUUAGAUGAUUGGCUCGAAAAUGACCUUCGUCAAUCCGGUAUUAUCUUGCCCUCUACUACUACUCCUUGCGAUCAGAAUAUCAAGCCGAUGCCGUUGCCUUCUCCGCAAUCCAAACCCAUGACACCGGCCGAGGUUUUGAUGGCUUCUCCUCCUAUUUCUGAAUGUACACCUAAUAUGGGUCCUGUGCUUGAUCUGAUAACGUCGCCUUCUCUUAAUUUUGAACCUUUGUCUCCUUUGGAGGCAUCGAACGCCGGAUCUUCUGUAGACACCACAGCCAAACCUUCUGUUAUCGAUUUGCAUCCAUUUAUCAAAGCCCUCACAUUAUUAGGAACAAUGCAAAACCUAAAAAAUAGCAACAGUCUUAACAAUCAAGAUACCAUCAAUAGCGCAAUCAAUAAUCACAUCAUCAGCAACAACAUUAAUAUUCAACAAAGCAUCGCUACGUCUACGGCAGCCAUUGACACAACUACAUCCGCCACUGUAAGUGAAGAGACUGCCAUCAAUAGUAAAAAAAAACGUGAGAGAGACGAAACAUUACCAGAUCAGCAAACAGCUCAACAAGAUCUAAUUGCAUUAAAACGCCAAAGAAAUACCGAUGCAGCCAGAAGAUCACGUUUACGUAAAGCUCUAAAGAUGGAAUCAUUGGAAAAAAGAGUUAUGGAUUUAGAAGCAGAAAACGAACAGUUAAAAUUACGUGCUGCAGUUGCUGAAAGCGAGCGCGCCAAUAUUGAAGCUAAAGAAAAGAGCAGCAGAGUACGAAUUUUGGAAUUAGAAAGACAGCUCACAACAACCUAUAAAGCCUUAGUUCAAUACACAACUGCCAAGGCGUAGUCUUCAGUUCCUUCUCGCACUUCAUUCUACUUUUUUCUUUUUCAAUAUAGAUAUUGUUGUAACUAUGUGUUUACUUAUCCAUAUACUGGUCUCUUCUCUUUAUCAAAACCCCACAAAAAUUACUCAAAUCGAUAAAACCUUUCCUGAAAACCUUCAAGUAGGUCGAGUAAAUUUAAACAAAACUCGACCUUCUUAAAAAACCCUUUCGUUUUUGGAAGAGUGUUGUACCAAUUCGCUUCUAAAUAUUGUCGAGAAAAGUUUUCCUUUUUUCAUGGCUUAUAUUUGUAUAGAUUUGGUCUUCUACUCGCGCUCUCUCAUGGUCAGGUUCUUAUUAACUUUUUUUUUCUCGAUUUGUAUUCUAUAUAAUCUAG